UUUAGACAGCUCGUAACAAAAACAUAACUUUACAUAUAGACCCCUGAAUAUAACGACUCUUAUAACAAACGCCCCGUUCAGCUCUCCUCUCCCCUCGCUUCUUCCUCUUCCCCAAGCAAGCACCCUACUCCUCAGCGCGCGAGGGUUCGUUGGACCGUGUUGCGGGCGUAGCGAGUCUUGAUGGCGGAGCCGGCGAAGCCCGAGGCGACGGAGGCGGCCAAGAUGGACCUGCUCGAGGACGACGACGAGUUCGAGGAGUUCGAGAUCGACCAAGAGUGGGACGACAAGGAAGAAGGCAAUGAAGCUGUUCAGCAAUGGGAGGACGACUGGGAUGACGAUGAUGUCAAUGAUGACUUCUCCCUGCAGCUGAGGAAAGAGCUGGAGAGCAACUCGUCCAAGAAUUAGCAUUUGCAGUCAUGUCUUGGUGUCUGUUGCCACUUUCUGGGAAACUGCAACUGCUAUUGUUUCGAUCUUCGUGGCAUGUUCACUUAAUAUAACAUAUAACAUUUACCAAAUCGAGCAUUUUGCUUUUGCCGUGGUA